GGCUCGGCACCAUGGCUGCGGCGUUUCUGGGGCAGGCAGCAGCCCCCACCGCGCCCGCGGCCCCACGCUAACCUUCCUCGGGAGCGGCCGCCUCCGCCGGCCAUCUGCGCCGGGGACGCGGGAGAGCGCGCAGCUCCGCACCGCCGCUGCUGCCGCUGCCGAAGAACUGCGGCCCCCCUCCUCCUUCCCCCGGCCCGGCGCGGCACCAUGUGGGGCGGGUUGCACCCACAGCUCGGCUUGCGCGGCUACAAGGCGGGCUCAGAUUAUUCCUCAGUGGGAUGGUUACCUGGUACUGAAUCCCUGUGGCCGUCCACAGCUAUUUCAUCAAGCAGUCAAAGCAAUCCUGUCAGAAGACACAGUAUAGCUUCCGACAGCGGGGACACUGGGAUUGGUACCUCCUGUUCUGAUAGUGUGGAAGAUCAUUCAACUUCAAGUGGUACAUCCUCAUUUAAGCCCAGCCAAUCACUGGUUUCUAUUCCUACUGCCCAUGUGAUGCCGUCUAAUGCCAGAUCUUCAUUUUCCAAACACAGGGAAGCUUUCAAGUCUGAUGGCUCGAAAUGGAGUACAAGCUUUGUACGGUCAGGAGGAGGCAGAAAUCAGGGUGCCCUGGACAAUUCUCUUGACAUGAAAGAUGCAAAACCUGUGAGAAGGUGGUCUUCCUUGUCUAAACUCAGCUCACCAAAUACCUUCAGCCAAGAUGGUAGUAGUCAUUCAGUGGACUCCAGGGCCAGUACAGACAAAUCUGUGUCACCACAAUUAAGGACAAAUGGGCCAAGUUGUUUGCAUGAUAGCAUGGAGUUGCUAAAAAUUGAGGACAAAGAAACAGGGAAAAAACGAUCUUCUCUACUGGACUGCAAAUACAAAUUUGAAACAUGCAGCAAAGACGAUUUUUCAGAUUCCUCAAGUAGGAGACAUGCCUUAGACUUGACCUACAGUGCCUUACCUGAAAGCAAACCUACAGCAGCCAGCAGCGAAGCAUUUGGACAGAGAUAUGCGACUCUAGGACAGCAGGCUGUGAGUGGAGCUCCCAUACAGCCAGCAGUGAGGACUCAAAUGUGGCUGAAAGAGCAGUUACGUGCUAAUCCCCUGGAGUGCAGGACUGCGGAGGAGCCCUACGGCGUAGCUGCAUGGCACGUGCAGCAGCUUGAAGAUUUUAGAACUGGAGGUGAGCAGCCUGUGCAGGUUCCAAGUGGAACAUCUCGUCAGAGUUACCCAGCUACCAGCUAUCAGGACUUCAGCAACUGGGAAUCUCUAAUGAAAAUUAAAGAGGGUCUGCUAAGACAGAAGGAGAUUGUGAUCGAUCGGCAAAAGCAGCAAAUUAACAAUUUACAUCAGAAGAUAAGGGAGAAUGAAUUACGAGCUCAACAUGCAAGACUGAGCCAUCUUGUGAACUGCGAAGAACCUUACAUGACUAAUUUGCAGCAACCACAGUAUGAGAGCGCACCGCUGCAGCCUCAUGUUUCAGAAAGAUCAGCAUCCUACCUUGAGGAGCUUGAGCGAAAGUUUGUAGCAUCUGGAAAUACGGAGUUACAACUCAGUGAAUUUAUAAAAGUAAUUUCAAACAAAUCCAGUGAGGACAAAAAGAAGAUGGAGGAGAAACUUAAAACUAGAGACCGAUACAUUAAUAGCCUGAAAAAAAAAUGCCAGAAGGAGUCUGAGCAAAACAAAGAAAAACAGAGACGGAUUGAAACCUUAGAAAAAUACCUGGCGGACCUGCCAACGCUGGAUGAUAUAGAAGGGCAGACUAAACAGCUGCAAAUUCUAGAAGAGAAGAACAAGCAACUUCAAGAAACAAUGACUGAGUUAGAAAAGAAGCUUGGAGAGGCCCGAUCGCAGUGCAGAGAGAGAGAAUUGCAACUGGUGUGUCAGAAGAAAAAAGAAAAAGAGCUGGUCACAACAGUACAGAGCUUACAACAAAAAGUAGAAAAAUGCCUGGAAGAUGGUAUUCGCCUUCCCAUGUUGGACACAAAACAGCUUCAGAGUGAGAAUGAAUGUCUCAAAGAAAAGAAUGAGAAAGCCAGUAAGGUCAUAGACAAUCAACAAAAUCAGAUCGCUGGACUGAUUUUAGACAUGCAGGUAAGGAACAGUGUAUAUUCUGUUGUUUACUCUUGUACAUUUUCAGUUUGUAAAGAUAACAUUACUGAAGUGUGAAUUUCACCAAAUAUCUUCCCAAAUAGGAGGCAAAGGUAGAAAUUCCAAGAACUUAAUCUUAUGGCCUGUAAUUGACAUGAGUUUUCUUACAGGCUCAUAAUGUGGUGGGCACUGAUGUUUGUAUGGUUUAGUACUUCUGGUGCUCAUGAUAAAGUGAAAAACUAUGUAGUAUCCUUAUUCUGCUGGUCUAGUGGUUGUUGUAUCAGAGCUGCCUGUUUCAAGUGUGAGGACUGCCUCUGUAAGUAACAGUAAAACCUCUUAUCCAGCUUUGCAGUUCAGAUGAUAUCCAAAGUAUAAAAGAUGAUAUUGAUUAGAAGCUUCACUGUUGAGACCCGUGGUAGAGACAGGUACCUUUCUAAACUGUACCACUUUGCAUUACACAUCAUUUAAGAAAGUCCCUGGUCCAACUGGUUUCUGACACAUCACUCACUCAGAUAUCUUAACUCUCUUGGCGGAUCUUGGGCACCUAGCUUGGAGCCAAGGAUUUUUCAAAACAGCAGAGGUUGUCAGCUAGGAGUCAGUUGCAGCUCUGUGGAUCAGAUUAACACCUUGGGCUCCUGAGACUUCAAUGUUACUUAGUGACCAGUGUUUGUUGUGGAGAAAAGGAAACAUUAUACAGGUUAUAGCUAAGAAGGUACCACUUGCUUUUGAAAAAGCUGAGCAUUUAAAACACCAAGCAUCUGUUUUCAGCCAAUACUGAAGCCAAAUUCAGUAAACCGUUUUCUGCAUACUUCUAGAUUGGCAUUUGUCUCCACACUUUUUGCUUCCUUGCCCUCCAGAGGGACUGAAUUUACAGGGCUGUCCCUUGAGAAAGAAGAAGGUGAUUCUGCUUUGGCUCUGUGUAGAUUAGCUUUGGAAGAACAGCAAAAUGGUAGUAAACAACCAGCUGAAUGCCUGCUCCUUCCAAAUUGGAAAGGAGCAUUCUGUGGAGCUAGUAUCCAAAUGAUAAAGAUACCCAAAA